GACAGCUGUAUUAGAUCAUGAGUGUUUAGUUUGCACAGAUCUUAAUUACUAAUGUACACUUUGCUUAUUUGGAGCUUAGCCUGCUGAGCAAGUUUCCUGCGUAACGAGAGCUAACAACAGCGGCAGUAGCUUCGGUCUGGAAGUCGUGACAGCAUGGCGGCCGCUGCAGCGCCAAUGUGGGAUGAGCACCAGGCCUAUGAGGAGCUGCUGUACUGGGACAGCCUGAUACAACAGGGCCACCGGCUCCUCCCACAUGAUUUUGACAGAUAUGAGGAUCUGCGUUACUGGUACGACUGCCUGUGCUAUGAGGAAGAGCUGAGACAAUACCACGACUACAUCGCUGCGAUCGAGGAGAUUGAGGACGAACAGCAUCAUGAGGAAGCUGCAGCCCCCCGCGUGCAUACAGGGCCGUAUGAUCGCCACGUGAUGGCCAAACACUCUGAAGUGUAUCCCACACCAGAGGAGCUGGAGGCGGUGCAGACUAUCGUCUCCCACGUGGAGUGUGCCCUUAAGACUGUGUCUGACCAGAUAGAUGCUCCAAAAGAUGACAAAGAAAAUACAGAGGCUCGGAAUGUGGAUUCACAAGAGCGUGUCCUGCGUGGGGUUAUGAGGGUCGGCCUGGUGUCCAAGGGACUCCUGCUGAAGGGAGACAAGGACCUGGAGCUGGUGCUGCUUUGCUCCAACAAGCCUACUGUUACUCUGCUUAAACAAGUGGCUGAAAAGUUAUCUGCACAGUUAGAGGCGAGUUCAGUGGGGACAUACACAGUAAACCAGUGUCCAGAGAAUGCAGCAGUUGUUGUGACAAGCAGCAAGGAGUCGAUCCUGACUCUCACUAUCCACCUGACAUCACCGCUUAUCAGAACAGAGCAAGAGAGUAAAACAGAAGAAGAAGAAGAAGAAGUAGAAACGCGAACAGUCAACGAUCCGCCGGACGUUCUGGACAGGCAGAAAUGCCUAUCUGCAUUGGCGUCUCUCCGCCACGCCAAGUGGUUCCAGGCCAAAGUCAACGACCUGAGUUCAGCCGUCGUCGUGAUCCGGAUCAUGAGAGACUUGUGUAACCGUGUUCCUACCUGGACGCCACUCUCAGGAUGGCCUCUUGAGCUGCUGGUAGAGAAGGCUAUUGGUACAUCGGAGAGACCGAUGGGAGCGGGCGAGUCAUUCCGCAGGGUGCUGGAGUGUGUUGCAUCUGGAAUUCUCUUAGAAGAUGGCCCUGGAAUGAAGGAUCCAUGUGAGAAGGAAACUGUCGACGCCACUGCAAAUCUGACUCCGCAGCAGCGGGAAGACAUCACGCAGAGUGCUCAGUUUGCCUUGAGGCUUUGUGCAUUUGGACAGAUGCACAAAGUGUUGGGGAUGGACUUCAAACCUAUAAGGCCACGGAAAUCACUGGGAACCAGUAGCAAAGAUGGCAAAGCCCAGAUACCACCUGCUCAACACUUCAGCCUGCCAGCCAAGAGACCUUACACAGAGGUGGAGAAAGGAGAGGAGGCACCCCAUCUCAACAGCAAACAGAGGAAGUCUCUAAAGUUCCAGAAGCGCUUUCAGAGGAAAUCAUUCACAGAUGAUUUCAGCAUGAAUGCUGUGAUGCGUCUGAACCAGUACAGACCUGGCCUGGAAUACCGACUUACAUCUCAAACUGGCCCGGUCCACGAGCCAGUCUUCACAAUGGCCGUGGACUUAAAUGGGAAGACCUACGAGGCAACGGGGCCCUCCAAACGAGCUGCCAAGCUUAAUGUAGCCACCAAGGUCCUGCAGGAUCUCGGUCUUCCAACAGGCUCAGAAUCAAAAUCAGAGUCCAGUGUUGAGGUUGAAGGAACCCAGGAAUCAGUAAAAGCUGCUACCACGUCCUCUACUACAUCAGAAGACAGUGGACAGGGUCCUAUCUUGACCAAAAAUGGCAAGAACCCUGUGAUGGAGCUGAACGAGAAGCGCCGCAGCCUUAAGUACGAGCUGUCUGCAGAGACAGGGGGCUCCCAUGAAAAGUGCUUUGUCAUGGAGGUGGAGGUUGAUGGGCAGAAGUUCAAAGGGAGAGGCUCCAAUAAGAAGGAGGCAAAGGCCUACGCUGCCCUCGCUGCUCUGGAGAAGCUGUUCCCAGAAGACAAUGGGGUGUCAAACGCCAAUAGAAAUUUUUCAAAGAAGAAGGUCACCUACACCGACAUGCACAUCCCAGGGUUCGGCACUAUCCGUGGCAUUCCUUCAGACUCCGGGUCUCGUGGCUGGGGUCCCAACAGAGGUCGAGGCAGGGGCCGAGGCAAACCAUUUCCUCCAGGACCUAGCUAUAACAAGACCAACUACAGUUAUGAGAGCAGCACUGGCACAGGCUAUCAUAAAAUGUAUGGUAAUAGUGCAGCCAGCAUCACACCCAAAGGCAAUGGUCCUGCCGGAUCAGGCAGCAACAUAGGCUACGGCACCUUCUACCCGGAGAGCAGCACCUACUCCUCCCCACCGGUCUCCAGCUCCGACACCAGCACCACUAAAGGAGAAAGCUACCAGUCAAUGCCUCCUCCCGCAGACCAGGAGAGUCCCUACAGCUAUGGGUAUGGAGAUGAGAAGAAGAAGAUGCUGACACAAGGUCAGAAUGAGGGACAGGGAGGAGAGUACUCUAUGUACAGCACAGCUUACCCUAGCUCGGUGACAGGUGGCCAAGUGUAUAAUAAUUACGGUUGGGGAAACCAGUCGUCCUGGGGGAAUCAGCAGGGGUAUGGCAUGUACCAGGGUUUUGGUGAACAAAACCAGGGUUCAUACUCUGGAUACAGUGACAUGAAUUACUAAUCAUCACAUCUUGUACAGCCUUUCUCACCUCACUGCUCUAUCUUUUGGCUCUUUCCACCCUCAAUUUUGAUCCUGGGAUACCACUUCUGAAAAGGAAAAAAAGUGCUUGUGUUUUCUCUGAAACUGGAAUUUUGCUGUUUUUUGUUUUCUUUUCACCACACUUGUUAGUUCUUGGACACUUGUCAGUGAGAGAUGCAGGCUUAUCUUUUAAUUAAUGUCUACCUGUUUUCUUUUUAACUACAACAAGCUUCAUCAUGUCCAUGUUGACAUGUGUAAAAACCUACAUGGUUCAUCAUUAUGUCAUCUGUCUGUUUCUAGGGUGGCUGUGUUUUUUUGUUUGUUUUUUUUAAUCGAGAGUACUGGUUCUGUAUCAGUAUGUUGUUUUUAUUCAGAGCUGCUUGUAGUUUUGAACUGAAGAUGUAUUUGUUUCUGUCACAUAAAAUGCUCUAACCCUUCUUGUAAAAUAAAUUACUUUUAUUUUGGAA